AUGGGAUUCAGAUUUCACAAUCUCAAUUCCCUGCAUAAAAGGCUUGCUUUGCACAUACACAAGCACAAGCACAAGCAUCCUCCUCAUCCUAAUCGCACAGUAGCCCAAGAUUUCCUCACUUCCCAUCUCCAAGGCCCUUCUUUCGUUCUCUCUCAAAAUCCCAUUUACUCAAUCCCCAGAAGAUGGCAUUUAGGUCAUUCGCACCACCACCAUGAUGAUGAGCACCAGCACCAGCACCGUGGCUCUGUCGAAGAGGGCGAGAAGAUCUUCAGGCUGGGAUUGGCAGCUGAUAUUGGACUGGCUACUGGCAAAGCAUUGACUGGUUACUUAACUGGAAGCACUGCCAUCAUUGCUGAUGCAGCCCAUUCAGUCUCCGACGUGGUUCUUAGCAGCAUCGCUUUAUGGUCAUUUACAGCUGCAAAGGCUCCCAAAGACAAAGAACACCCAUAUGGACAUGGUAAAUUUGAGACUCUUGGAGCACUUGGAAUCUCUUGUAUGCUGUUGGCAACUGCUGGUGGCAUUGCUUGGCAUGCUUUGGAUCUUUUGCUGGGAUUGUUUUCAGUUGAUCCUGCUAUAGUUAGUCAGUCAUUGACUGAUCAUGUGCAUAAUCAUCAUCGUGGACAUCACCAUGGAGUUGACAUGGAGCACCCUGCUCUAGCUUUGAGCAUGACUGUUUUCUCGAUAUUUGUUAAAGAAGGACUUUAUUGGAUCACAAAACGGGCAGGAGAAAGGCAAGGUAGUGGACUGAUGAAAGCAAAUGCAUGGCAUCAUCGUGCAGAUGCCGUUUCAUCAGUAGUUGCUCUCAUUGGAGUUGGAGGUUCAAUCCUAGGAGUGAAAUUUCUAGAUCCACUUGCUGGACUACUUGUCUCAGGCAUGAUCCUAAAAGCGGGACUUGAAACUGGGCAUCAGAGUGUCUUGGAACUGGUGGAUGCGGCAAUCCCAGCAAAGCAUUUGGAUCCUAUUAAACAGACAAUUGUACAAGUUGAGGGUGUGAAGGGAUGUCAUCGCUUGAGGGGAAGGAGGGCUGGUUCAACUCUAUACCUUGAUGUACAUAUUGAGGUUGAUCCCUUCUGUAGUGUUAGUGCUGCACAUGACAUUGGAGAAAAUGUUCGUUAUCAGAUUCACAAAUCCCAUCCUGAAGUCUCUGAGGUUUUCAUACACAUAGAUCCUUCAAUUCAACAAAUUUGCCCCAGUGUAGAUCAGCAAGAAAUUCUCAAGGGAAUUGCAUGCCAGAAAUUUUCUCCUGGUGAGGAUAAGGACAUUGAGGCGGCUGUUUCUCGAAUCAUCACAUCUAAGUAUGCAGAGAAAAUGGUUGUUGAGCGCAUAACGCAUCACUUGUUGCGGGGCAAGAUGUUACUCCAAAUUGAGGUUUCCAUGCCUGCGGACAUCCUGAUUCGAGAUGCAGUGGAGGUGGCAAAAGACGCUGAGGAAGAGAUUUUGAAGGCGGCGACCAAUCUAAUUCAUGUUAGCAUUCAGCUACGUCUGGGAAGUCCAAUUCCACAAUUCAACCAUGACUAA